AUGCCUUAUUUCUCCAUAUUCUUAAACAUUUUCAUUUUUUGUGUUUUUGUUUAUAUAUGUCCUAUUCAUACAUUAAAUAUUUUAAAAAAUGAAGAAAAUGAAAAGGGAUCGUUAAAUGUCCCUGUAAGGAAAGAAAACAAUUUUUUUUUUCACGAGAUAAAAUUAGAAAAUAGAUUUAAAAAUAAUAUGAAAGGAUAUAUACAAAAUGUUCAGAAUUUUCAUUAUCUUAUGGAAAAAAAUAAACCAAAUGUAUUAUCAUAUAUCCAAGAAGAUUUAUUAAAUUUUCAUAAUAGUCAGUUCAUUGCAGAUAUAGGGGUAGGUAAUCCACCUCAAGUAUUUAAGGUCGUUUUUGAUACAGGCUCGAGUAAUCUGGCAAUUCCAUCAACGAAAUGUAUCAAGGGAGGUUGUGUUUCCCAUAAAAAAUUUAAUCCUAACAAAUCAAGGACAUUCAUCAAAAGUUUAAAAAACAACAAAGAAUCGGUUUACACAUACAUUCAAUAUGGCACAGGAACAAGCAUCCUUGAACAAACAUAUGAUGACGUCUAUUUAAAGGGGUUAAAAAUUAAACAUCAAUGUAUAGGAUUAGCCAUAGAAGAAUCGCUACAUCCCUUUUCGGAUUUACCUUUUGAUGGAAUUGUUGGACUAGGAUUCUCCGAUCCUGAUUUUAAAUCUCAAAAUAAAUAUGCCUCCCCAUUAAUUGAAACCAUCAAAAAACAAAAUCUUUUGAAGAGAAAUAUUUUUUCCUUUUACGUUCCAAAAAAAUUAGAAAAGUCAGGUGCAAUUACCUUUGGAAAGGCGAAUAAGAAAUAUUCAGUGGAAGGAAAAUCAAUUGAAUGGUUUCCUGUUAUAUCUUUAUAUUAUUGGGAAAUAAAUCUUCUAGACAUACAAUUAUCUCACAAAAAUUUAAUUCUUUGCGAAAAUAAAAAAUGUAGAGCUGCAAUUGAUACAGGAUCUAGUUUAAUAACUGGACCUUCUACAUUCAUUCAACCGUUGUUAGAAAAGAUCAAUUUAGAAAAGGACUGUUCAAAUAAGGAAAAUCUGCCUACUAUUUCAUUUAUUUUAAAAAAUGUUGAAGGGAAGAAGAUUACCCUUGAUUUUAAGCCGGAAGAUUAUAUAAUAGAAGAAGAGUACACUGAGGAUAAUACAAUAGAAUGCGUCAUAGGAAUAAUGCCUCUCGACGUUCCACCGCCCCGAGGCCCACUUUUCAUUUUUGGUAAUUCUUUUAUAAGAAAAUAUUACACCAUUUUUGAUAAUGAUCAUAAACUCAUAGGUCUAAUUGAAGCUAAUCAUAACUUUUAA